AUGCUCCACCACCAGCCUCAGAUUCUUUCCCCUCUCCCUGAGAUGGGUCACCAAUCUCCCAACGCAUCUGGUCUUCGCGCCCGCAAGAUGUCUGCUGCUGGAAACCGCUCCUGGUCAGAAGAAGAGGAGCACUAUCUGCUCCAAACUCGCAUGCAGAAGAUGCCUUACAAACACAUCGCUGCUCAUCUGAAGAAGACCGAGCUCGCUUGCCGCCUGCAUUAUCAUCAGUUGUCGCACGGCAGCCACCGUCGUCGACGUAACUCAUCGGUCUCCUCGACCGCCUCGUUUGGCUCCGUUGCCCAGUCCGUUUGCUCGAUGGGAACCGAUCAGGAUGACUUCUCACAGUCUUCUCGUCACACUUCGCCAAUGAGCUACGCGGGAGGCUCCCACCACAUCAGGGCGACUUCGCUUACUGCAUCUCCUGGACGCAGCCAGCACAAGAUUCUUCUCCCCAAGCCUCGCACACUCACUCCUCAGGGUUCACCUGAGCCCCACGCUGGACUCCGCAUCAACACCGAGGUUGUCUACCAGGCGCGCAUGGUUGAUACCGACCGUCUCCGCUCUAUCUACGAAGCCCGUCGCCAGCAGUUCUGGUCAGCUGUCGCUGCCGAUUACGGUGCUGAUGUCUCACCAGCUCAGCUGGAGGAGAUCUGGCGCAGCAGCUCCAGCUCCGUGCGCCCGCCCACCCCCGAAGCAUCACCCGAUGGCAGCAUCAUGCACAACCCGAUUCUCAAGUCUUCGGCCUUCCAGUACCCAUCGCCUGCUCACAGCGAGCACAAGCACUACAGCCCUAUGAACGUCAGCGCUGUUUCGACCCCCGAGCGCAUGCCCUACGUACUUCCCAUGCCCGUUCCCUCUUCGGGACGUGCCCGCGCAGGUACCUGGAGCUCUGCGCCUAGGGAUAACAUGCCCAUCGCUAGCCUCCUCACCGAGGAUAAGAACCCUCGUCAAUUUUAA